GGCCGGGUUAGUUAGGUUCUUUCAAUUGAUCAAGUAAUAUCGUACAUGAAGAGAAGCAAAAAGCGCAGAGAGAAAUCAGAGUUUUAUCUGAACUUGGCAGAUUGAGUCAGAAAAAAAGCAGAAAAUCAACAAGAGAGUCGCGAAUAGGAACAAGAGAGUCGCCGUCUUUAAAUGAGCAAAGUACACACAACGUUGAGUUAUUUUGUAAAUUUUAUCAUUAUUUAGUAAUUAAUGCCACUAGUAGACUCUUAACAAAUUGUCACCAAAAGUUACAAAGUUUUUGUCUGUGAAAUCAAGAAGAAGAAGAAGCAAACCCGCAGCAUCGAACGUUCUCGUGUGAUACAAGUGCCGGAAACAAAAUCGCAGCUGAGUUCGAAAAAUCGCCAUCAUAAGCAGAAAAACGACAGCAGCAAACGGCUAACCGCGAGAAGAAAAUCGAUGGUCGUCAAAGUCGGUGUGAGCUACAUAGCGGAAGAAAAAAAAAUACAAGUUAUGCUCUAUGCAAAGAACUGAAACAAGUGAAACGCAAUCCUCUUCGUAAAGUAAUGGUUAGGAUUUUCAAAUUUUGCCCGACAAAUACACAAAGUUGAAAAUCGUUCGGAGCAACAACCGCAACAUCAACACCCACAAAAUACAAAUGGAAGAGUAGAUUAUUUAACGCGAGUAAAAAAGUAAUAUUUAAAAAAUUACAAGUUAAUAAAAGAAAGUGAUAAUCAAGUGCUGUGAAUUACAAAUAAUAAAUUUUAAUCAUAAGCUAAAGUUAAGAGCUAAAAGAGAGUAAAUCAACCCCAUACGCAGAAAAAAAGAAGAAAAGUGGAAAACAUCAACAACAAGUCAAACAACGGAAAAAGCGAAAAGAAAAAGUCAAGCGAAGCGUAGCUGAAAGAAGAGAAAAAAUCAGUUGCACAUUGCGAACGAGGCACCGGUGGACGCAUAGAUCCCCUUGUAUUUAUGAGUGCGAAUUUCGCUGCCAUCGACGAUCUGGUUGAAGAGUUUCUGAAAAUGGAACUCAUUUCCGUUCCUCCAUAUCCAGGCCAAUUGGGUUAUCUAGGAUCAAACAAAGUCAACGAUUUCCGAACACCGUUGAUGCCGAUACCGGCAAAUAGUAAUAAGAACGCCAACCAACGCCAUCAUCAGUCACAACAGCAGCUGCCGAGCAGUCAGCCGGCCAGCCAGCGAAGUCACCACCAUCACAAUCACCACCAUCACAGCCAUCAUCAGGCAGCGCAGGAGAACAGUCAGCCGCUGGAGCCGGCGACGAUAGCCCUUACAGCAUCACCCCACGAAGAUGCCCUGCAAGCGCUAUCCGCCCGACUUGAGUCGGAACUGCGCACUGCCAAACGGCGGCAUUUAGCCUGCACCGAAGUAUUACUCCCGGCCGACCUUCUGCCCCGGAUAGCUUCUCAGAUGUUCGAACUGUCCGAGAAGGAACCCUGCGGCAUCCGCGGCUGCACGGUCUACAUCGAGUUCGAGGACGAGCCGGACAACAGCAGACGGAUCGCCACCAUGAAGACCGAUCCAACCACCGUAUCCACCUUCGAGCUGUACCUCACCCUUCGGCAAGACCGAAGUGGCUGGACCUCGAUUCUGCCACAGUUUCUCAAAAAUCUGGCCCGUGGCAGUACGAUCAUGAUCAGUCCGGAGUUUGCUCUGACCAAGAACAAGCUCUAUCACACCUACUCGGACUAAGCCGUCGAUCGAUGCCGAUCAACAGCGUCAUCGUCGUCGUCGUCGCUUUUUCGACCAUUCGUGUGAGCCCCCUGGCCCGUCACUUUUGCGGCCAAGGGGGUGGCAUGCGAGCAAAGGUAGGAAUGAACUUUCCAACUCUUUCCAACCGCAAAACAAGUGUAUCUGUGAAAAAUCGUUAAACAAAAGUCAGCCUCCACCCGAUCGAGCGGGGUGAGGAGGUCUCCUGGAGGUCCCGAUGAGUGGCUGCGAAGUUCUUCGAUUUGUUUUUAAGUAUUUUAUAAAUAUUUAAAACCAUGGCCGGUGGCGAUGCUAACAAACGAAAUUACAAAAAAAAAACAACCAAGUGAUCGCGUUUUUCGUAUAGAUGACGCUAGGAAGAGGAAACAAAAAGUGUACUCUCUCGACAUUUUUUUUUAUUUUUGUGUAUAGCAAAACAAAAACUGAUUGAAAAAAACAAACAAAACAAAAGAAUCGUCGCCAUUGUGAAAGUUUCGAGUUAAGGGAAAAACAGUAAGACAAAAACACGUGUACAGUUGGACGGAACAUUGGAAUCGGAAUCUUUUCGUUUCGUUGUCGUCGGUGUUGAUCAAAGUAGCCUUUAAAACACAGAAAAUUUGAAACAAAAAAAAAAAAAAAAUAGGACGGAAAACAAUCAUCUGUUGCCGCAGCAGCCGGAAGGGCAGUAGGCAGCCCCCCUAUAGGUAUGAUUUUUCAAAUUGUAACCACUUUGUGAUGAUUUCCUAGUGAUUUUCUUUUAAUUGAUCCGGUGCCAAACGUCCCGGACAGUCAGGAACGGUUUGGUUCACCAAAUCCGGGACGUUUCGCUCUGGGAAUGUUAAGUUUUUCUCUCGCCAUGGAAACAGAAAGAUAUCGUGUAAUCGCAGCAUGCUUAUGUCGACAAUUUGUUUGUUUAUUUCGGAUUUUUUUGUUUUGAUUUGAUUUCUAGGAUAUUCAAAUUGAAAAUCAAAAGUUUGGUUGGAAUUUCUUCAAAUUUUUAUCUCGAAAACAAAUAUUGGUGUAGAAUGUUCCUAGAAAGCAAACGUCAAAAUCAAAACAAACGAAAACAAAAGUAAAGUUUUUGCGGGGGGUUUAGAGGGGAAAGCGCGCGGGUCGGAGAAGCGGCGAGAAAAACAAAGCAAACCGAUAAAGCAUUUGUGAGUAAUCUUUUUUAAUGCAGUUUUAAGGCUAAGAUGCAAGUUGAACGAAAGCGUAUUUUUCGAAAGGAAGAUUUUUUUUCAGUGUCUCAGAAGCCCGUUUUUUUGUCUCUGUGUAAGUAAAUUACCGAUUAACGAUUAUUAGCUGUUAGGACCGUCGCCGAGAAGGUGGGAGAACGACGAGAGACGAAUACAACUUGUUUAUCAUUUGUGAUAUUUGCGCUAAUUACAGAUCCAGCUCUGUUCUCCUUAUAGAUUGUUUUUUUUUUUAACAAUAGAGACGAAUGCUAAAAUCCACAAACAAAACAGGAAUUUUCGGGGCCGACAUUUUCUUUUUUCUUCUGCAAACUUCUUUUUAUUUGAUCUCAGAGUUAAAGAUAAUCGAUUAGUAGUAAUAAUAAAUUAUCCAUCAAUACAAGCAAAGUUUAAUCAAUAGGAUCAAACAGCUUUUCGAUUUUCGCAAGCACUGAUCUCCGAGGAAACCAGAGAAUUUUCAUUCUAAACGGCGUUGCUUUUCGUUUUUUAACAAAUCCAAAACAAAGCAAAAAGGACGCUGAAAAAACUCACUCAUACUCACUCACUCAUGUGCAUCCAAUAUAUCAAAUUAGAACUCGUAUAUCAAUUAUCAAGAACCCUCCUUUCCUACUGUAUGGCCGUUAGAAUUCGAAUUAACACAAACAAACACACACACAACAACAACCAAACAGACGCGAAAUGGUUUUCACAGAAGAAACAGUUUCUCUUUUUGCAGCUGUCACCAUUUGUCACGGCAAACGUCACACACAAUGAAUUUAAACAACAAACAAAAAAAAUAAAAACAAAAUAGAUAUCGUCGAUAUGUGUCUGUAGUAGUUUAUCAGCAAAACCCAUCAAUUAUUCAUAAUCGUGUAGUUUGUGACUCAAACAGUAAUAGACAUAAAUUUAGCGUUCCAAAUUGUUCGAAUUUCGGUUGAUCGAAUAACCGCGCGUAGCUGUCAAGAUAGCAAUCGAUUCACCCCUCGGUCACUUCGCGCUUGGCUCGGCUUCGAGACCACUCGCCUCUACAGCAUUCAGUCUCGCAAAUUGUUCGGCAAAAUUUAAGGCGAACACUUGAUCAGCUGAAGAACUCACCCACCUCCGCCGACGUUUUUUUUCCACUCUGAGAACGGAACAAUUACGCGAGAAAUGACGCUUCCUGGCACAGUUUGAAUUGGUCGGAAGAGGCGAGGGGUCCGCAAACCGAGCUCGAGGGGUGACCGAAUGGAUUGUGAUCCAAUUCCGGUUUAGAAUUUUACAACAAAGUUUGGUUUUAUUUCUCACUUUAAAAUCCGCGGAAAUCUGAUACAAUAAAUUGAUAACAAGAAAAGAAUGGACGAAAUCGUGAUUAGGAUGUAAGGGCAAACAUAUUUAAAAACGAGAAAGCGAAAUUAUUAUUACCGUAAACAGUGGAAAAUGAAAUGUUUGAUACAAAAAUAUUGUGUGUGUGUUUUUCUAUAUUUAUAUAAUAUUUAUCGUAAAAAAAAAAACAAAAAAUACUAUAAAAACUACUAGGAUUUUCAAAUUUAAAAUAAAUUAUUACAGAAAUAAAACAAAUUUUAAACCCACAAAAACACAAAAACAAUCUAACAUUUACGUGAACCAAACUAAUACCUACAUCUAUGAUUGCUUUUCCUUUUUAGAGUCCGUACUUGGUAGUAACAUUAUGCAACCAUACUCGAGUCAAUUUUACUUUCUAAUUUUCCAAAUCUCACUUUUCACCAUCAUUUUCCCAUUCAUCCGAAUAUUUCGUGUGGAAUCAGAAAAAAAAACACAACCCCAUUUAAUAACGAUUAAAAAAAAACAUCUCUUGUUCGUGCGUAGAGUUUGACAACGAACGACGUUUUUCGGCGCUCGCACCGAGGGAAAAACCCGAACGCACAGCUUCGGCCACCGGAGCGGGCGCCGAAAAACGCUUCGUGCUACGAAAUUUCUCAAAAAUGUGAUACGAUCUUAGUUGAACCAAUAAAUAAUAAAAAAAAAAAGAUAUAAAGUAAACGAUCUAAGUAGUCUACCGAUGAACUUUAAGAACUGUGUGGCGCAAGUAAAAUCCAUAUCCCAGAAUUUGUAGAGCGCGGUCGCAGUCGGCGCCAGUCGAGCGUGACGCACCGCCAGAUAAAAUAUAUAAAUAUUGCGUAUAAAAACAACAAACAAAGGAAACAAUGGACACGUUAAUAUACUAUAUGUAUGUAAUAGUAGAUUUUCGUAUACUUAUCAAAAAAUUCCAAUCAAGGAAAGUAAAGAAAAACAGUAAACAAAAAAUCAUAAACAAAAUAUCAAAAAAAAAACAUGAGAAAACCCAAAAAAAUCUAAUCUUUUGUUUGUAUUGAAAAUUUUUGUGGAGCGUGAUGGCGAACGCCGCUCCAACCGAAAUCUGUUUUUAAUUUCCCUUGUAUUAGUAGUACUAGCGGAAGAGACAAGCACAACGUGAUCAAGUAAUGUUAAAAUAAAGAAAGGACUUAAAACCUUACAAAAAAUGAAAAAAAAAUGCUAAAUGUUUGUAUAUGUGUACCGAUACAUGCAUAUAACCGAAACCCGGACAAAAAAAACUUUACAAAACUUUGUAGACUGUUAAGGAUUUAAUCUCGUUCAUAUCCAGGAGCAGCGGCAAAUAAUACAGAAAUUACACAAAACAAUGAUAAAGAUAAACAAUGAAAAAACAGUAGGAAGCUUCUUGAAAUUCACCGCCAAACUAUCUCAUUUCGUCAUACUCAUCAUCGGACUUUUUGUUUCAUUUAAUACGACAGCUUCUCGGAGAUCAAAGUAACCUCUGUGCGUGCGUGCGCGUGUAAUCUCUGUGCGCACUCGCAAACAAAAGAAAAAGAAAAAGUGUUCUCUCGCCCGACACAAUGUUUAGCUUUGCUCGCGUGGCAAUCGUGCUCACGCCUCGGACGAUAACGAAGGAGAAUAAGAAGUAAAAACCGAUCGUGUACAAAUGUAAUGGAUAAUAAUUGUUAAUCAUUUUUAUUAUUAUUAUUAUUAGCUAGGAUUAGUAGAAUUCACUAGAAAUCGAGAGAGAUAGAGAGAUGCAAUGCGGCUCGCGGAGCGUUCCAGCGCCCCCGCGCAGCCGUGUUCGAUCGAAUCACUUUUGAAAACAAAAGCGUGGAGCGCCUCGAUUACUACACACACACACAUAUGAUAUAGGCUAUAUCUGCGCAACGCAUAAUCUUUAACAGAUAGAGACGCAAAACGAGUGCGAGAGGGUAGGAGUAAUCAAGCUUCAAUUUUGAAGAUAUCAGCGACGAUUAAGUUUUGUUUUUGAUUUCGAAAAACGAAAAUGCGAGAGCGAAUUUCAUCAUUUAUUUUGAUUGUAAGUGUGAUCUUAAUUGUAGUGUUUUUUGUGUCACUUUUUUAAAGCCCCUAUUUUAUUUUUUCGUCUUGUAAUUCCGCGAAUACAAACACAAAGUCAUAGUCAUUUGUUUUUAUUUUUACUAUGUUAUUUAGUCAUGUUUCAGUUUUUUUUGUUUUUUUACAUAACUAUUUACAUUUAAGUCGAACAUUAAAGAUUUUUCUCUCAGAUUAAGGAAGAAAACUCUAAUCGUGAUAUUUGUGAUUAAUGAUCGAGCGCAAGCACGUGAGCACGAGCAAAGCAAACGAAUCAGGCGAGAGGAAGAGAAAGAGAGAAAGAAAGCGCACGAGAGAAGCAGUGACAGUGCGUCAACGGGAAGCUGGCAGCGCACGCUUCGAUCCGGGAUUGUUUGCAUUUUUUUCGGCAACAAUCGAUUUUUUUAUUCUCUCAGUGUUUUAAGCCGCAAAGCUGGCACACUGGAGGCUGUAAUUUUGCGCAGCCCCUAUUAUCAAUCAGUAUUUAAGUUCGCGCAGUUCGUUUGGUCUUUGCUUUUGUGUUUAUCGAGCGAAGCGAUUUAGUUUUAUCAAAUCGAAUCCAUUUCGUUUAGUUUUGAUCUUCAAAACCAGAACAAAACAUCAAACAAACAAACAACUACAAAUUCGAGCCAAAUUUUCAUUCCAAGUUUUAUUGCCAAUGAAACUUUACUGAAUUUGGUUGGACGAUUGCCUCUCGCCCUUUUUCGUAAAAUGGCCCCCGGGGAUCGAAACUCGCCCAAACACAAUCCGCAGUUUCUCAGCAAAGGACUACUUAAGCGGGCUUCGAUCUCCGAACGCCGCCAUUUUUCGGAUGACAACUUCGAAAGAUAUCAGAAAAGUGGCGAGAGACGAACGCAGCGAACAAGCAAAACACACAACAACAAACGAAAAGCGAGUUUUUGUUUUUAGGUUAGGUUUUUUAAAUUAAACAGCAAAUGGAGAAAACACUAGGUAUCUACAUUUAACAAAUGAUGGGAAAGAAACAAGCAGAAGAAAAAGAAAAUCAGUUUUUGUUUUUUCGAAUGGGCCAAAGUUGAGCCGCAGGAAAAUGGAUUUUGCAAUGUCGAGAAAAGAAAGAACGGACGAUCGAAGGAGAAGAAAAAUACAAAACAAAAUAUUAAGUGAUAGUAUCUAAAAGUGAUAAUAAUUAAGAAAUGAAAAGUAAGAAUAACAAUUGUAAUCGAGCAAGAAAAAUACAAAUAAUUAUUAAUGCUAAUGAUGAAAACCACAUUAAUUAUUAUAUCAUUUGUAACAAACAGAGCAGAGAGAAUGGAAAACAAUGCAUUAUGGCAAACCAAUGGUAAAAAAGAAAUAAAAACAGUAAACACUUAGGAAUCCACCGUUUUUAAAAGUAAUAUUUUCUCUUUCUGUGGAAAUAGUGGAAGCAAACACAAAUGUAUUAUGGAAGUAACAAAAAUCCAAAAGAAAAUACGAAAAAAAUACAAUAAAAAAUGUCAAAAAUUGAAAAAAUUAAAA